UGGGCGGGACCAGAGCUGAAUGACGGAGGUCCGUUCUAUGAGCUUCUGCUUCUGCCUCUGAGCGCACUUACACACGCACCGAUCCGUGACAAUGUCCGCCGAAUACGACCACAGUGAAAAUGGCCCCGAUGGUAUGGAGCCAGAUGGAGUCAUUGAGGGAAACUGGUCUGAGGUGGUGGAUAACUUUGAUGAGAUGAACCUGCAUGAGGGGCUGUUAAGAGGAAUCUAUGCUUAUGGUUUUGAGAAGCCCUCUGCCAUCCAGCAAAGAGCCAUCCGGCCGUGUAUUCAAGGCUCCGAUGUGAUCGCUCAGGCCCAGUCUGGAACUGGAAAGACAGCCACUUUUGCCAUCUCCAUCCUGCAGAAGCUGGACUUGAGUUUAAAGGCCACACAAGCUCUGGUGCUGGCCCCCACCAGAGAGCUGGCUCAGCAGAUCCGUAAAGUAGUGGAUGCCCUCGGGGAUUAUUUGGGUGCCACAUGCUAUGCCUGUAUCGGAGGAACCAAUGUUCGGCAAGAGUCCCAGAAGCUGACAGAAGAUGUGCCUCACAUAGUAGUUGGCACCCCAGGGCGAGUCUUCGACAUGCUUAGCCGUCGUAUACUGUUAUCAAAGUCCAUAAAAAUGUUUGUUCUCGACGAAGCCGAUGAGAUGCUCAGUCGUGGGUUCAAGGACCAAAUUUAUGACAUUUUCCAGAAGCUGCCUUCAAGCACACAAGUGGUUCUGCUCUCUGCCACCAUGCCUGCCGAUGUCCUGGAAGUCACCAAGAAGUUCAUGCGUGAUCCCAUCCGCAUCCUGGUGAAGAAGGAGGAGCUGACCCUGGAGGGCAUCCGGCAGUUCUACAUCAACGUGGAGAAGGAGGAGUGGAAGCUGGAGACGUUGUGCGACCUGUACGAGACCCUGACCAUCACACAGGCUGUCAUCUUCCUGAACACACGCCGGAAAGUGGACUGGCUCACUGAGAAGAUGGGCUCCCGGGAUUUCACCGUGUCCGCUCUGCAUGGAGACAUGGAGCAGAAGGAGAGGGAGAUUAUCAUGAAAGAGUUCCGCUCCGGCAGCAGCAGAGUGCUCAUCACGACUGAUAUCCUGGCCCGAGGCAUUGAUGUGCAGCAGGUGUCGCUGGUCAUCAACUAUGACCUGCCUACCAACAGAGAGAACUACAUCCACAGGAUUGGUCGUGGAGGGCGUUUUGGCCGUAAGGGCGUGGCCAUCAACAUGGUAACAGACGAAGACAAGCGCACCCUGAGGGACAUUGAGACCUUCUACAACACCACCAUCGAGGAGAUGCCCAACAACGUGGCUGACCUCAUCUAAACGGGGCACUCACAGAGCACCCACCUAGAGCACCCAGAGCCUGUGGACCCUGGCCAUGGCCCCAGGGUGCCAGUCCUUCUCUGAGCUCUCAUAGAACAGAUAAACCUGGUCUUCUGCCUGCCAUGUUCUUGUGUAGAAUCUGAAUCAUUAGUAAAGACACUCUGGCCAACACAACUCAGUGUUUCCUGUUCAUACAGACUACGGUGGCCCUUGCGGUCAAAAAGCAAACUACGUUCAAUUCAACAGGAGAUGCUUUUAGAUUUUAUACUAUAAACAAAAUAACAAAAAAAUAAAUAAAUAAAUAAAUGAAUAAAUAAUUGCCCGAAGAUUAACUUUAACAACUGACACUUGUACCUAAAACAUGCUAGCAGCAACGCCCAUCUGGCUGAGCAGACCAGACUAUGGCGUUCUCUCAUCCCUCUGGCCCAGGUCUAACCUUUUCCACAGGGCCUCCCAAUCAUGAAUGGACAUAGUGACGGGAGUAGUCAGCAGGGGGCGGCAGCGUGUCCCUCUUUAAGUUUUUAUUUAAGGCCCUAUAUUGCGCAAAAUUGACUCCUGUGAGCUAUUAACCAUGUUAUAAUGUUACCUCCUCAAAAGCAUUUCCAGAGUUUUGUUUCAUUCAUACUUUUUAAGAAUCCUGUCUACAUCUUCAAAGCUCACUUUGAAGAUGUAGACAAAGUUUCACUUUGUGAUGUCAUUUAGUGGUAGUUGUUAUUUUUAGCCUCAAUACACUAGAAUAAGAACUUUAAAACUACUUUUUAAAAUUUUUGCUUUACCUUUUGUUCAGUUGCCACAGAAAGUCUUCAAUAUUUUCUGGUUUCAACAAAGCUAAAACGAUGGAUUUCGCUUGAGGAUUUAGUAAUUCCAGGGUUAGAUGUAUUCAAAUCUAGUUGUUGGGUGUAUAGAGUUUAAAAAUAGUUUCCUGUAUCACUCGGUGACAUCACAAGGUCGAAAAGUGUUUUCAGUUUGAGAGAAGAACACAGCCUAGAUAUGCAGGAUUUGUGUUAAACGUGUGAAUGAAACAAAACACAUCCAUCUAUGUUUUUGAUAAGGAAGCAAUAGAUUUUAAAAAAUGCGUAAUAUGCGCCUUAAGGGUGUGGGUUAAUCUUUUUUUUUUUAUUAUUUUCUGAUGUCACUUUUCUCAGCUACCUCACCACACUGCUGGGAGGAGUUUUGUAACGCGGACCAAAUGGACCCCUCGACAGUGGUUUGACAGUGUAAAAUUCUAUCUAAGCAUUGAGCGGUGUGGGGCUUCGACAUUUACUGUUGGAGAGUGCUAUUUUUAAGUGACUUUAUGAACUUGUUAAACUUUGGGACAGAAGCGGUGUAUCAGAUUUUCUACAUUGGAUUCUGUAUAGUAUUUAUUUAAUGGUCUUUAAUAAAAACAAAGGUUGCUCCUUUA